AUGGUAUUGUGGCCAGUGAAGUUCGACCUGCGGAAGCGGGUUAAGUUGGCUCAGGGCCUGUGGCUCCUGUACUGGCUGGGGGUGAUCGCCGGGAUCCUGGUCUUCAGCAUGGGCCUGUUCUUCAAGAUCGAACUCCGCAAGCGGAGCGAGAUGAUGGACAAUAACGAGAGUCACUUCGUGCCCAACCUGCUGAUCCUGUCGGGCCUGGUGGCGUGCGGUGUCAACGCCUUUGGCGGCAAGGUGUGCCACGACUCAUUGGACCCCACCAAGUUCGCCAAGUGGAAGCCCAUGCUGAAGAACUACCUGACGGGUUGUUUUGGCUUCAAUGUCUUCCUGUUCGUGAUAGUCCUGCUCUGCUUCCUCACUCAGUUCCAGCUGUACUUCGCACUGUCCGAAGGUCUCCGCAACAGCAUCAAGUACUACAAGGACACGGACACGCCCGGACGCUGCUUCAUGAAGAGGACACUGGACAUGACCCAGAUCGAGUUCCGUUGCUGCGGCAACAACAACUACAAGGACUGGUUUGAGGUGCAGUGGAUCAGCAACCGCUAUCUGGAUUUCAGCAACGAGGAAGUCAAGGACCGUGUGAUGAGCAACGUGGACGGCAAGUUCCUGAUGGACAGCGUGCCGUUCAGCUGCUGCAAUCCCGGCUCCCCGCGACCCUGCAUCCAGCACCACCUGACCAACAACUCGGCCCACUACGACUACGACCACCACACGGAGGAGCUGAACAUCUGGACGCGUGGCUGCCGUGAGAGCCUGGUCUCCUACUAUGGGGGCAUGAUGAACAGCAUCGGGGCCUUCCUACUGCUCUUCAUCGGCCUGGAGGUGGCGGUGAUGGUCGGUCUGCAAUACCUGUCGACGGCACUGGAGACCCUGGCCAACCCCGAGGACCCCGAGAGCGAGAGCGAGGGAUGGCUUCUGGAGAAGAGUGUGAAGGAGACGGUGGCAGAUGUUACGGCCAAGGUCAAGGCCCUGUGCAGCCGAAACCAGGUAGAAGGGGAGCAGGAGGUGGCCACCGUGAGCUGAGUGGCUUCUGGCAGCAACCAUCGCUGGGACUAAGGCCCCCUUUCCUUCUCCAGGACAGGAGGAGUGCAUGAAGAGGAGGACGUCCUCUUUGUUGUUUGUUACCAAAGCACACACACAU